CCAAAAUCUAUACAGUAUCUGUCACAAGCAGAAAUGAAGGAAACUGUCCUAAUUUUCAUCACAUGUUCCUUAGUCACGGCUCACGUUGGUAGAGAUUGGGCUAAAAUUAUACCUGCUAGUAAAAUAGCUCGCACAAGACUCCAUCAGCAUGCUUCAUCUGAAGAUAUAAGGAUCGCAGGAGGGAAUGAAGCUGUACCAAACUCUUUACCGUACCAAGUCGCAUUGACACUUUUUUACAAAGGUAAUGAUACGAGUUUCUGUGGAGGAUCUCUUAUCACCAGGAGAUAUGUGUUAACAGCUGGGCAUUGUUUGGUGGACGGACUUGUAUCAUUGGAAGUAAUUCUAGGGGCGCAUAACAUUCAACGAAGAGAACCUACCCAGCAACGCAUUUCGACUUCUACAUUCAAAAUAAAUGAAAAGUAUAAUGAUGGAACACUAGAGAAUGAUGUAGGCGUCGUCUAUCUUCCAACACCAGCAAAUCUCAACAAGUAUGUUCAACUGAUUUCACUUCCCAGUAAAGCUGACGUUUCCAAUAGUUUUGCGGGGUCUAAAGCAAAAGCAAGUGGUUGGGGAUACAUUGCUACUUCUUCUCACGAUAUGAGUGAUGUAUUACGAUAUAUCGACGUUCCCGUUCUAACAAACAAGGUGUGUGCUGAAACGUUAUCGGACUUUGUAGACACAAUGAUUUGUACUGGAGGAGCGGGUAAUAAAGGAAUUUGCUUUGGAGAUUCAGGCGGACCUCUUGUGGUGAAUGGAAAACUUGUCGGUAUAACUUCGUCCAUAAGUAAUAAUGGUUGUGAAGCUGGGGAUCCAUCCUCCUAUACGAGGGUAACAUCAUUUUUAAACUGGAUUUCAGCAAACAGUGACGCUGUUAUUUCUUAAACGUUCCUUAGCCCUUAAAGCAGAUAUAACAAAUAAACGAUUUUUGCACUUGA